GGCAAUCCGAGGAGGAGGAGAGAGCGAGCAGCCUCCCGCAGCAGGCGAGGAGAAUGGGAGUGCGGGGCGACAGACCGCCGCGGGGUGUCACGGCCGCGGCCGAGCUCGCCAGACGCCGGGCAGGCGCCCGCCGCUUUUAAACCCGGGAGGGCGCGGCGGCGGCGGCGGGCGGAUCGCGACGCGCGCGUGGGGCGCCGGGCGGCAGCCGAAUGGAGAGGAAGGGCACGGCGGCCGGGACCAAGGGGAACCCGAGCCUGCCGGUGGCUGGCGAGGGCCAGCGGCCGCCGCCGCCGCUGUGCGUCCCGGGCGGUGGACGAGGGGCUCCAGCGCGGAGCCAGGCUGGGGCGGCGGCCGAGCCCGCCGAGUUCAUCCGGCGCGCGCACGAGUUCAAGAGCCAAGGGUCGCAGUGCUACAAGGACAAGAAAUUCCGUGAAGCCAUCGGUAAAUACCACCGGGCGUUGCUGGAGCUGAAGGGGUUGCUGCCGGCCCCCGGGGAACGGGAGCGGGACUCGCGUGCAGCCUCUCCCGCCGGGGCUCCCAACCCCGGCCGCCUCUCGGAGGAGCAGAGCAAGACCGUGGAAGCCAUCGAGAUCGACUGCUACAACAGCCUGGCAGCCUGCCUGCUCCAGGCAGAGCUGGUAAACUAUGAACGAGUCAAGGAGUAUUGCCUCAAAGUCCUGAAGAAGGAAGGGGAGAACUUCAAAGCCCUUUAUCGGUCUGGCGUGGCCUUCUACCACCUUGGGGACUAUGACAAAGCACUCUACUACCUGAAAGAAGCAAGGACCCGACAGCCAACAGACACCAAUGUGAUUCGGUACAUCCAGCUGACAGAGAUGAAGCUCAGCAGAUGCUCCCAGAGAGAGAAGGAAGCCAUGUAACGACAAUGCCUGUCUAGAGUCGCCCCUGCGCCGAACCUGGACUCCCCGGCAUCCCCUGGUGGAGAGCCCCUCCCUGGCUUCUGGUCCUUUCUUCCCACUUCUUCCAUCCAUCCCCCCUCCCACCUCUUCCUCCUGUUGCCCCUCAACUCACUGCCUACUCCCAGCGUGAAAAAGGAGGGGCAAAUUUGGAAUCGAGUGUGUUGCCCUGAUAAUGGAGAUACCCUCUUCUGUGGUAGGUCAGCCGCUGAGAGGGACCUAAUUUCUGCAGGGACAGCUGGGGAGGACUCUCACAGACCAGGAAUGCCUGUGCUUCUGACAAAGACGGAGCCUGGCAGGUGUACCAUUCCAAAGGCAGCAGGCAUGGAGCGCUUAGCUGGACCCUCCACACCCUUCUGACAGACCAGAGCAUCUCAAGGCAACUGUGACCAAUCCAGGGAUGAGACAAACACCAGAAGCAUUGGUUAAGCCAGGCGAGAGACUGCGAAUGUGUACACUGGAUUUCCCCACCCCUACCCACAGUAACCUCAGCCCCUGCCUCCCUCCUUCCCUUGGCUUGUGCUUUCUUCUCUCCCCCUAGUGGAGCUGAGACUCUGCCAGGAUUCACAUGCCACUGAAGCCCACUCUCAGUGCCCUCUGUGACUACACAUGCCAUUCUCCCAUCCCCCCACUCCAGCCAGCAGCCAUGACAGCAGAAGGGCAGGGUAAAGUGGGCCAAGGCUUGACCACAUAGGUGAUGGGGGGAGGGAGAGAGGACGUUUAAGGGGGAGAGCAUUGUAUAGACUGGGGGACUGAACUGUGGACUAAUUAAGUGUAAAUAAAAACAAAUGAACAGGCAGCAGUUCCUGUCAUUUCUGUUGGAAGCAGCCCACUCCCCCACUUUCACUCCCUCCCCCAGCUCACUCAGAGCUACUUACAGCCAGGCAGGAUGGGGCUCCCCCCAAAGCACUAGACUGUUUGUCCAGCAGUACAGAAUGUUGGCUGCCGCCUUUGAGCUUUUAACGUAGGCUGGGGUUGGGGAGACUGCCCAGGGACUUGGCUUUGUGGGACUUGUACAGCCUCUUUUUGAUGACAUUAGCUGGACUCAAUAUCUAGCACAGAGAAUGUGUUCAACAAAUAUUUGUUGAAUGAGUAAGUGAUGACUGCAGACUGGCUCUCCUGCCUUAAACUAAUCUUAUCCCAGCCUCGUCUCCUGAUAGCUAUGCUCUUUAUGCCGAGUUGCUUCGGUCAACUAAGAAACAUUUCCUGAGGGCUUAUAGAUUGCCUACCGUUGUGCAAUAUGCUGGGGGACAUAGGAUAUCAUCCCAGUCUUAAAGGAGACGAAGGAGUUGAGAAAGACUCAUACGAGAUGAUUACCAAUGACACCUUUAAUUUAUAUGAUGCUUUAAAUUUUUCAAAGCACUUUCAUGUCUUUUUUGUGUGAUUAGUGAAAGAGACAGUAUUGUACAAUUAAAAUAUAUACAGAUGCAAUAAUGUUAAUAGUUAGCAUUUAUUAAAUGCACUACCUUCAGACCUUUACAUGUACAAUCUCAUUUCUUUCAUGCAGUUCUCCUAUGAGAUCGCAUUUCUAUUUGAUGGAUAAGAAAACUGGAAACCAGAAAAACUAACUCCCCCAAGGUUGCAUGGCCUUAAGUGGAAUAGCUAGGGUUUGAACCAGGUCUGUCUGACUCCAGAGCUCUAGCUAGGAACUAUAUACUAUAGUUGCUGCUCUCCAGAGUAUAUUGAGCAGGUACAACCAUUCAAGAGCAGAACCAUGUGUAUUAAGUUGAAAAGCCUUGACUAUGUCAAUGGUGGUGCCUGAGCUGCCUCUUGUAUUUAAAAUGCCCAAGGCAAAAAAAAAAAAGUCCCUAACACUGAACUCCCUAGUGGACAGGGAAGUGACAGGCCAGGAAAAGAUGGCUGAGACCCAGCAGUUAUUUCUGUGUAUUGUUCAUUCUACUUGCUGAUGGGUAGAAUCCAAACACUCCACCUAGCUUUCCUCACCCCAGCCCCAGGCACUGGGGAAAAGUCACAAUUAUAGUCAAAGAUGGAAAGGAAACACAAAGUUAAUUACGGGUUAUUUGUUUAAUCAGAGGUUCCACCACUGCAGGAUCUAAUCCCUGCUGAGGGGCGCAGAAGCUAGCAGCACAAGUUAUAUUCACAUAGCUCCUCAAAGGCUUCCAAUGGGGACUGGAAGAAAGUGCUAGAAAUGUCCAGGGGCCCACAGCAGCUUGCCAGGAGCUCAGCCUCUGGGGACAAAGCAAAGGGAAAAAGCUGUCACAGCUGCCACAGUCUACCCCACCUCUACCACGUCCUUCUCUCUGCCCUCUUCCUCCAAAAUGGUUUCACUCGGCCCCAAUUCAAAACCACCCUGCAGGGUACACAGCACUGGCAAACGUGCAAACUCCCCUGCCCCGUAGCCUCCAGCCCAGAAAGCCUGAGAGCUGGCGAACUGCUUGUUAGGCCUGGAAGGACAAGAGGAGGUCAGAGGGGACCUGUUGAAGUAAACUGCAGGGUCUUCCUUUGGUCUUGCAUUCAGGAAGGACUGAGAGGAACCAUUCUCAGCAUGGAUCAGGAGAGAGGACUUGCCUUGGAGAGUGAGUUACAGCAGGGCUGGACAGAUGGGGAUAAGACCGUUAUCAUCCUUCCAAAGAGAAAGGUUGAAAACCAGAAGUAGGUGAAGACAACCUCGUGGGACCUCCUAGUACAAGUGUACAGGCUGCUUGUCUGUUGACUCAGAUCCACAUGCUUCCUGGAACUGCACUCGCUGUGACCCAAAGUUAAAUGAUCUCAAAGGAAGAGGCUGCCUGGGCGUAGUAGCUAAUGUUUGGGGUGAUUGGUGAAGUUCCUGUUCAUCUAUUCAACAGAGACUUCAGAGGGCUGUUCAGCAAAAUCAGGUGUGUUCACCCUCAGCUUCCUUCUCCCCACACCUCCCCAAACCAGGGACCAGCCUUUAAUUACGCGCUUCCUUUGCAGGUGUCACUGUUGAACACUACCCGGUGCACUAACCUGGACCCAAACUGCUCUGUUAUCUCCUGCUUGGACUUUUGUGAUAGACUCUUCGUGGAAAAAAAUUAUACUUUUCUUGUCAUUA